AUGACGCCAAUUGCUCAUGCAACGACUUCUACUGACUCGGUGACGACUCCACUGAUUCCGGCGAUGACUUCACUGGCUCAAUCAGGUGGAUCAUGGGCGGAUAGAGUAGAGGCGGAAAUUAUGGAGACAAGGGCGACAAGCCAGGUACAAUUGAAUCCUAAAACUAGUUUAUGGAGUAAAAUUGUGGGCACAGUACCGAAUGAUGAAGGUUUAAACCUAAAUUGUGAGGAGUUGGCAGGAGAAAAUGUUAAAAUUUCAAUGGAUGAUAUCAAGGACGAAAUUAUCUACUGGAAAACAGCAGUGAUAUGUUAUGUAUUGGGAUCCAAUCCCCCAUUGAAUGUAAUUGAUGGCUAUUUUAGGAGAAUAUGGGAAGGUUUGAGGAUUGAUAAAAUUGCACAAGUCAAUAGAGGAAUUUUCCUGAUAAGAUUUCACACAAUUGAAAGAAGAAUCAAAGUCAUUGAGGAAGGAGUCCAGAUGUUCGACAAAAAGCCUGUUGUAGUAAAGCCAUGGGAACCAGAAGUGGAUGUAAGCAAGGAAAAGGUGGAUAGAAUUCCAGUGUGGAUAAGGCUUAAAGGGUCGGAUAUCAAGUACUGGGGGAAGAAUGCCCUAACUAAGAUAUCUGGGAUGGUGGGAAAACCACUAAAAGUUGACAGAGCAACAACUAAUAAGGAGAGAUUAGCAUUUGCUAGGGUGCUUGUUGAAAUGUCAAUAAAUCAGCAGUACCCUAAGCAAGUAAUGUUCGAGAAUGAAGUGGGAAAAAUAGUAAAACAAGAGGUGUAUUAUGAAUGGAAGCCUACGCUGUGUUCAAAUUGUAAGAAUUUUGGACAUGACCUGCAAGACUGCAGGAAACUGCAUAAGGAAGAAGCAGAAACCAGAAGGAAGCAAAUUGAGCAGGGGAAGCAAACAACAGAAGAACCAAAUCAGAAUAAGAUGCACAACAAGGGAGAAAACAAAGCCAGUGACAAAAGGAUAGAGAAACAGCAGAAUGAUCCUAAAACUAUACCAACAAGAAAUACAUUUGAGGUUCUUGACAAAGGAGGGAGUGCAGAGGAAUUAAGGCAAAGUAAACCUAGUACUUCUUGCCCUGAGGGAGAACUAGGGGUGAUGGGUCCAGGACGUGGGAGGGGUGGGGGCAAGCCCCUGCCUAAUGGAUAA